CAUGGUUGCUGUCGCAGAGCAGUUUGGCAACCUUCGCCAGACACUAGGCUCCAUUCUGGGCAUCUUCACUAUUAUGCGCUGGAUUAGGACAGUGUUCGCCAAGAUCACCGGCAAGCCUCUACCAGCCGAUGUCUCCAGCCUCAAUCCAGCCUCUUUUGCCAUGUUUGAUGGACGCGGGAAGGGCGGUGCUGCAGCGGCUGCCGGUGGUGCCGCCGGUGCCAUGCCCAAGCCCAGCCGAAAGCCCCUCAUCUUCUUCGUUCUCGCUGCCUUCGGUCUGCCCUACGUGAUGAGCAGGGUGAUCAAGUCGCUGGCCUCUAACGCUGAGGAAGAGGAAAAGAAGCGCCAGCUCGUUGUCGCGCAACAACAAACCAUCGACCCGACCAAGCUCGAGUUCUGCCGCGUCCUGUACGACUUCUCGCCCGCCACGCAGGGGAAUGGCGAGAUCGUCCCGGGCGUAGACCUUGAAGUUCACAAGGGUGAUCUGGUUGCCGUUCUCAGCAAGAGCGAUCCUCUCGGCCAGCCUAGCGAGUGGUGGAAGUGUCGCGCCCGCGACGGAAGAAUUGGCUAUCUACCGGCCACCUUCCUCGAGGUACUUAAGAAGCCGGGUCAGCCCGUUGCAGCCAUUUCUGGGGCCCCAUCCAUCAGCAUUGACGGCGACACGAGGGCCAACUCGCUGAGCAGCAUCCUCAGCGACGCGGAUAAGAAAGUGCUGGUUCCGGCCCUACCAGCGGCCAAGGCUAGCGAUAUUAGCGUCGAGAGCUUCCAGAAGUCGCAGUUCUUUUCUUAGAGAGGCAAGGAACGCAGGCGGAAUGAUCUCAGCAAAAUGCACAUCGAGACGUCGCGGUUAAUGCCACGCUCUUCUCGGCUUCGACACUCGGUCUCAUUCUCUUAAUACACGCCUGAUCGUGCGAGCUCUGGAUCUACCAUGUGCAAAGCGCCGGCCUCCUGGGAGUGGCCCACCCAAUGGCCAGCUAAUCGGCUUUCCUCCCCCCAACACAACAAUCAAACACAACAGCAAAUCAAAUCAAACUCGGAUCCUCCUUAAUUCGGACUCGCCCAGCCUGGUGGAAAUGACCACACUUUCCUGCCAGGAAAAAUCAUCAAGCAGCUACGUAGAGGCACAGGAGAGCGCGGUGAGAUAAUCAGUCGGAGCAUUUCCGGAAGUUUUGGAACUCGUCGGAAGGGUGUAGGACGUCACCAAACAAGCAUGCAUGCCCACAACGGUCAGUUACGGCAUUAUCAUUAUUAAGAGAAUGACAAACACUCUCACAUCUUUAUACACCUGCAUGACACGAUUAUUGCGUGGGUAGACGUCUUUUCACCAGAAGUCAAUACCCGAGCGAGCCAAAAGGGAGAUGUAGACACGGAGGACGGCCAUGGUAAAUGGAUGAAUGGAUGGAUGGAUGGAGUAAGCGGAAGCGGCGAACGCUGAAAGACAUGGACGCACGAGGUGUGAAAUCGAAAGGGGGGAUGAAGGGAGGUGAUAGGCGAUGUGAGGCGGUGACCACACCGAUGACACAGGGAUGGGAAGCGUGGCUAAUUAGCCUAGUACACAGACAAAGGGGUGUUUGUCUGCUUGAGUCGGUUGUUCAGUCGUAUACCUUGUAGCGAAUAUUUUGUUUUCGGAUAUAUCCUAACCGUAUCGUAUAAGAAAAGGAAAAGAUG